UUGGCAAGGGCAGUAACAAAUCAUCUGCAGAGGUGGGCGUGGAUCUGCUUUCGUCAGCGGUCCUCUUGGUUUUGGUGCCUGCGAGAAGGAGCUGUCAGCUAACGUUAGCUAGCUAAAAAAACACGGAACGCAAGAACAGCGAAAGCACCAACGACAAAAAGCUGGUGCGCCAGAAGUGGGAGGCCCAAUUUACCGUUUCGUUUUUGUUUAGCUCAUUAUUAAUUUAGUUUGAAAACAAACCCUACCCCCUCCUCAUCCCUAUUUUUGUUUGUUGGUCCCAUAUACAUUAUUUUGUUUGCGAUACCUCCUCCAGCUUUGGGAGCAGCGAGGGGUCUUCAUGGCUGUUCGAAGAGGCCACAUCAGGUACCUAAAAGAGGUGUAUGACAUGUCCAACGGCUACGAGGAUCACAUGGGAGGAGGAGAUGAGGUGACGGAUGCCAAGACCAACCUGAUAGUCAACUACCUUCCCCAGAGCAUGAGCCAGGACGAGCUACGCAGCCUCUUCAGCAGCAUUGGCGAGGUGGAGUCCGCCAAGCUCAUACGGGACAAAGUGGCAGGUACGGAACACCUUGUCCCACAAUGCACUACAGGCCACAGUUUAGGGUACGGAUUUGUUAACUAUCUUACCCCUAGCGAUGCAGAAAGAGCUAUCAAUACUCUGAAUGGACUAAGGCUACAGUCUAAAACUAUCAAGGUUUCAUAUGCGCGGCCGAGCUCUGACACCAUUAAAGAUGCCAACCUGUACAUCAGUGGCCUGCCCAAGACCAUGACCCAGAAAGACGUGGAGGACAUGUUCGCUCGCUACGGACGCAUCAUCAACUCCCGUGUGCUGGUCGACCAGGCCUCUGGCCUGUCUCGGGGGGUGGCGUUCAUCCGGUUUGACAAGCGAGCGGAGGCUGAGGACGCCAUCAAAGACCUGAACGGACAGAAACCCCCCGGAUCCGCUGAGCCAAUCACAGUGAAGUUUGCUGCCAGCCCCAACCAGGCCAAGAACACUCAGCUCAUAUCUCAGCUCUACCACAACCAGGGACGCCGCUUUGGAGGGCCAGUUCACCACCAGGCUCAGAGAUUCAGGUUUUCUCCCAUGUCUGUGGACCAUAUGAGCGGUAUGUCUGGGGUGAGUGUGCCGGGGAACGCCACCUCUGGCUGGUGCAUCUUCAUCUACAACCUGGGCCAGGACGCCGACGAGGGCAUCCUAUGGCAGAUGUUCGGGCCCUUCGGCGCCGUCACCAACGUCAAGGUCAUCCGCGACUUCAACACCAACAAGUGCAAAGGUUUUGGCUUUGUUACCAUGACGAACUACGAGGAGGCCGCCAUGGCGAUCGGCAGCCUCAACGGUUACCGCCUUGGGGACAAGAUCCUACAGGUGUCGUUCAAGACCAGCAAAGGCCACAAGUAGAGAGAGAAGAGGGAGGUGGGGUGAUAGAGGGAGGAGAGAAACCUCACCCCAGGCUUCUAAUAUGGAGGGUGAAUUGCCUCAGUUUGACAAAACAAACUUGUUUUUAUUGUUAUCUCACCAAGCCCAUUCUCACUCUGCAUCUUUGUACUAGUCUAACAGAGUCUAGGCUGAGUUUGAUAUUUCUCUUGUUUUUUUUUUUUUUUUACUCAUGCUUUGGGAUGUUCCAAACGCAGUUCUCAAUGUUUAUCCUGAUAUGGUGACCAAUUUCACAAUUCAAGACUAGAUUGUUUUUCCUGUGAGACUAAACUAGUGUCGCUAUGUGCCAUAUGAAUGGUAGGACCACGGUAGGGACUUGGAGAAGGAUGUGCUACAGUCAUACGUCUAGUUCCCCACUGUAGGAGGAAGCAUGCGGUCUUAGACUCUGGUUCCAGUGUAGAAAUAGAUGACUUAAGUUACCCACCCUGUCAAGCCAUCCACUGUCUCCAGCCAUUCUAAAAGGAAAGCACUUUUUAAAAUCCUUAUUAUAUAAUGUCAGCGCGAUAGUCGGCUGUUUUGACGUCAACCAUACAUUGGUCUUCUCUCACCGUGCGGAAUCAGUUUUAUACGCCUCAUGUUAGGUACUGGAUGGUACCAUUUACAUAGCAGCAUGUGUGUCCCGUUUUGGGGGUCUUUUAAAAGUUGACUCUGAGAGGCCAUGUAAAAAAAAAAAAAAGGGGUCUGGAGAUUUUAAAGUAGGAACAUGUUUAAGAAGGACCAAAGAAAUGGAAGGGUAUGAUCCCAGGGCCCGUAUUCACAUGCUGAUCUAGGAUCAUAAAUAAGUAUGAUUUAUAUGGACCGAGAGGAGCUGAUCUUAGAUCAGCAUUGAGUCCUCUGAGAAGCUUUGUGAAUAGGGAAGAUGCUUACCGUUAUGACUCAUUUCCCCUUACCACUAAUAGUUUGGACAUCUGAACAACCGCUACUAAGGCUGAAUCUAACAAGAGUGGAGCAACACAGCUCUCUCUCUCUCUCAUCCAGUUUGCUGUUUUUGUAGAAAAGAAAGUUCUCUUUGAUGAUUUUCUUGAAUUUUCUUUGAGAGACUAACUUUUCUUUUUUCGUCGAAGCGUAGACCACUGAUCGGAGAGUUGAGUUGUUUUUUACUGCUCAUCUCGAGCUAACGAAGAAUUUAUGGCCUUUGUGAUUAUUUUUUUUGGUAUAGAGAUUUCUUUUGCUUUGGUUCUGUUUUUGGUCCUUUUGUUUUGAUUGUUUUACUUUGAACAUGCAAUCAUUAAAUUUUAUUUAGAUUUGACUCGUUUUGGUUUUGUUUCUUUUAUUUCUUCAGGUUUUGGUUUGUGGAUUUUCUUUGGGGUUUUCUCUUUUGAUUGUAGAAGCUGAGGGAAGCUACAGACACCAGACUGCUAUUAUGAUGAUACUACAGUAUGACACUACUCACUCCAUUCCCAUUGGGAUAUUACAGGACGUUUGAAUGGCCAACAUCAUAAGGUUUAGUUUGACUCUCUAAGAUGCUCUGAAGGGCAAGAGGAUGCAGUCUCCGUUGUAAAACACCUCAGACGUUGGCCUUAUUUUCCAUUCAAACUUGUGUGUGAACCAUGAGGCAGAGGGCUUUCAAAGAUGGGAGUCCUCCAGUUGAGGUACUGAAAGUCUUGUUUCAUGUUAUUAGGAUGUAGGAGUUACUGAUGAACCCAUAAGGAAUAGUCUGUUCUAAUACAGGUACUGCAGGAGGCGGUUUCACUCAUGGACCUUUGAUCUGCCUUGCAGCCAACAAACACAGUCAUCCUGAGAAACUGUCUGCCAUUUUAGGAAUGUGCAAUAACCGAAAAACUUGGGUUAAAGAAAGCUAAACCCAGGCAUAUUCAAGUGACGUUUCAGGAAGAAGACUGGGGGUUGGUUUUUCCAUCAAGCGAAUAUUCCUACAUCUGUUUUUAACAUAUCUUUGUGCACUUUUCAUCACCAAGGGCUUUCCUAUGUAGGUUUGAGAGUGUAGUACUGUAGUCUGUCGGAGAGUAAGUAACUGACUACAGCAGCGCCACAACACAGUUGGUUAGUUUAGUUUCCUGCUGCAGCAGAUCUAGGAUCAGUUUACCCUUACACAGUCCUAACCUUCACCAUAAUGGGUGACACUUGUUUUAGAAAAGUAGGGCCUUGUCUCCUGGACAUUCAAUAGAGAUUCUCCAUUGAGCAUGAUUUUAUGUCCAGGAGUAGGCUUCAUCUGGGUUCUUGGAACAGCCUAGUAACCAGACUUUAUAAUUCUCUCUCUCUUCUAAAGGUAUUGUGAUCUCUGUCUUCAGAUCUGUAAAGCCGUACUAGUUUCCACACGUGGACAAAAAAUACCGCUCCUGUCACAGGAAUAUCCUCUCUGUAGGCCUCAAGUUAGUCACUAUACAUUUUUUUUAGGGAGAAGAAGAUUGUUUGUUUAAGGAGAAGUUGUUUCUCGUGGAACAGUCCUGAACAGAGUGCAUGCAAUAUGUGGUGGGUCUUUAAAAAAAAAUCUGGACCAGAAACUGUACUAGUGGUUAUUCUGAAACAGAAACUGCACUAGAGAGAGUGGUUAUUCUGAACCAGAAACGACCACUAGAGAGAGUGGUUAUUCUGAACCAGAAACGACCACUAGAGAGAGUGGUUAUUCUGAACCAGAAACGACCACUAGAGAGAGUGGUUAUUCUGAACCAGAAACGACCACUAGAGAGAGUGGUUAUUCUGAACCAGAAACGACCACUAGAGAGAGUGGUUAUUCUGAACCAGAAACGACCACUAGAGAGAGUGGUUAUUCUGAACCAGAAAUGACCACUAGAGGGGGAGUGGUUAUUCUGAACCAGAAACGACCACUAGAGAGAGUGGUUAUUCUGAACCAGAAACGACCACUAGAGGAGGAGUGGUUAUUCUGAACCAGAAACGACCACUAGAGAGAGUGGUUAUUCUGAACCAGAAACGACCACUAGAGAGAGUGGUUAUUCUGAACCAGAAACGACCACUAGAGAGAGUGGUUAUUCUGAACCAGAAAUGACCACUAGAGGGGGAGUGGUUAUUCUGAACCAGAAAUGACCACUAGAGGAGGAGUGGUUAUUCUGAACCAGAAAUGACUACUAGAGGAGGAGUGGUUAUUCUGAACCAGAAAUGACCACUAGAGGGGGAGUGGUUCACUUGCUUGACUCUUUGUUCUCAUCCUUUUGAUAUUUUUCUAUUGAGUUCUACUAAUCAGCUCUUGCUUUGCUAGCUUCUCAGUAAUGCUAUGUUGAAAUGCUAUGUUGAAAUGCUAGUGGGUUUACUGGAGUAAAUAGAUUAUGGUUAACCUCUGUUUUUAGCCUUAAUUUAUGUGGGAGAGAUGGAAGAACCUGGCAACAGCAGUGGAGGCACAAAGACGUAAUUUAUUUGACUUGUAUGUAGUUUUACAUGUUUGUACAUUUUUUUGUGUGUUGGAGUGUGUUCCUUUUGACUUUUUUAAUAGAUUCAUUUUGAUUUCCUCUGUUUGGUUUUGAAGGAAGGCCUGUUCAGAACUUGUCUAACACACAAUUACUUUGAAUAAAAUAUCUGUAAGCUUUAUAAAGCUCAGCAGGAUCGUC